AGAUUUCUGAAAUACAUCUAUGACAACUGCGACAUUCUUAUUGAAUUCUACGCUUGGUAAACCUACUGGAUCUAUAUCGUCCAUAUUGGGAUUAAUUUUUUAUAAUUGUGGAUUAUUUGGACCAAACCCAGCCGAACACGCAAUAGCCUGAAGACUUAAGUAACGUCCCUUAUUUUGUUAUUUGUGUGUGUAAUUAACUUAUUAACUGUUAAUUGUUACAUAAACUAUAGACAUAAUAUUUUUGUUGCUAAUUUUUGGUUAUCAUACAUUUUGGUCCUCCACAAUUAUUUGGUGAGCCCAGUAUUUUAUUAUCUCGCAUUUAUACCAUUGUUAUAUUGUUCAUUCGCUCAUUACACGAUACUCUAGCUGAUUUUUAACCUAAUGUAUUCUCCACCUAAGCUUAGUGAUAUGGCGGAUAAGGUAAUGGAAGUCUGUCAUGAUAAUCACUAUAUAAAUACGAUGCAGCCGUAUGGAGCAGCUGAUGUCAGUUACUUAAACUCUAUUCAAAGACAAUUAUCUCAAUUGACGAAUCAACUUGAGUCCCUUCAAACCACUGUAGCAACGGUUCAGGCCAGACAAAUAAGACCCCUUUUUAGACAGAGAUCACGUUCUAGACCACGAUCUCGUUCACCUAAACGACCAUCCGAAAUUUGUUGGUAUCAUACUAAAUUCGGCACAAAAGCACGGCGUUGUACACGCCCGUGUGCAUUCCCCUUACCCAGCACUGAUAACCAGGGAAACGGUCCGGCCAGGCAGUAAUGCCGGCGCCUGACUCUGGCCACAACUCAAGCCGUCUAUUUCAUGUCAGGGAUCGUAUUUCGGGCUCGGAUUUUCUAAUCGAUACUGGAGCCGAAAUAAGCAUACUCCCACUUCAUCUAUCCCGACGACGGCACUCCCAACACGCUAAAUUAUCAUUAGUGGCAGCAAACAAUUCUAUUAUUAAAACGUAUAGCGAGCAAUCACUCAUCUUAGACGUCGGUCUCCGUAGACGUUUUACAUGGGUUUUCAUCGUCGCUGAAGUUAAACAACCCAUCCUUGGAGCCGAUUUUCUUAGUAACUACAAUCUCCUUGUCGACAUGAGAAAAAAGAAACUUAUCGACGUGAAUACAAGUCUACAGGUCAACGGAACAAUCACCUGCAAUUAUGAAACUUAUGGUGUCCGAUUGCUUAGACCUGAUAGUCAAACUUUUGCCGAUCUUCUAUCGAAGUGUGAAUGUAUAACAAAAGCCGAUUAUCAAACUGAAAACUCCACACACCAUGUUCAACAUACUAUCACUACAACUGGUCCACCUAUCUGCGCCAAGGCGAGGAGACUACCACCCAAUAAGUUGCAGUCCGCUAAAAGAGAAUUUGAACAUAUGAUGCAACUAGGGAUAAUCCGACAGUCUAAUAGCCCUUGGGCCUCGCCACUGCACAUGGUUCCCAAAAAAGAUCAAGAUUGGCGCCCUUGUGGAGAUUAUAGGCGUCUGAAUAAUCAGACAGUUCCAGACAGAUACCCUAUUCCUCAUCUACAUGAUUUUUCACUAAACCUGCACGGUAAACUGAUCUUUUCAAAACUAGACUUAGUUAGAGCUUAUCAUCAGAUCCCAGUGGCACCUGAGGAUAUUGAAAAAACAGCUGUAAUCACACCUUUUGGGUUGUUUGAAUUCUUGAGGAUGCCAUUUGGGCUUAAGAAUGCUGCGCAAACAUUCCAACGAUUUAUGGACGAAGUCACGCGAGGUUUAGAUUUCGUAUUUGUUUACAUCGAUGACGUCCUAAUUGCCAGCUCCUCACUUGAAGAGCAUGUCCAUCAUCUGCAGAUUCUCUUUGAACGAUUCAAGAAAUAUGGCGUAGUUAUCAACCCUACUAAGUGCAUAUUCGGUACGUCUGCCUUAGAAUUCUUAGGACACUAUAUUGAUGCACAAGGUAUUAAACCUCUACCAAAGAGAGUUGAAGCCGUCAUCAACUAUCCUGAACCCACUUCGGUUAAGUCAUUACGUCGCUUCCUGGGUGCAUUCAAUUUUUACCGUCGAUUUUUACCUAACUGUGCCAACGUUCUACAACCGUUAACUGACUUACUAAAAAACGAUAAAUCAGGUAGCAAAAAGGAAAAGAAUCAACCAUUCAAGUUACCUUCCGAUGCCAAAACGGCAUUUGAAAAAGCCAAAUCUUUGAUUGCUGACGCCACCAUGCUACAACAUCUAAAUACUGACCCCAAAACUCAUCUGAUCCUCUGUACGGACGCAUCACAAAAAGCCGUAGGAGCAGUAUUACAACAACGAGUAAACAAUACGAUUACACCCAUUGCUUUCUUCUCUAAAAGGUUAUCACCUGUACAAGAGCGUUAUAGUACAUUCGGUCGUGAACUCUUAGCCAUGUAUUUAGCCGUUAAACACUUCAAUUUUUUGCUACAGGGCCGGGAUUUUACCAUCAUGACGGAUCACAAACCCCUGUGCUACUCCUUUAGUAUGUCGUAUGACAGACAUUCACCACGCGAAGCAAGACAGCUUGAUUACAUCUCACAAUUCACCACAGACAUUCAGUUUAUCAAAGGUCACUCCAACAUUGUAGCAGAUGCGUUAUCGAGAAAAGACAUCAAUGUAGUUGCAUCCAACCAUGACGUCAACCUAGAAAUAAUCGCAAAACUUCAAGCAGACGAUGCAGAGCUAAAAACCUGCAAAGAAAAGUCUCGCCUGAAUCUCCAACCUGUACCCAUCCCAUUCUCCGACGCAUCCAUCAUCUGUGACACAUCAACAGGUAACAAUCGUCCCUUUGUUCCACAUGCAUGUCGCCAAAAGUUAUUCCAACACUUGCAUGGUUUAUCACAUCCGGGCAUCCGAGCUACUACAAAGCUGAUAACUGAACGUUUUGUUUGGCCGAAAAUCAAUUCAGAUAUUAAACGAUGGACACGUGGUUGCCUUCAGUGUCAACGUAGUAAGAUCCAAAAGCAUACUAUUAGCCCAAUCGGAGAAUUUCCUAUUCCUGAUAGACGUUUUCAGCAUAUCCAUUUAGAUUUAGUAGGACCUCUACCUUCGUCAAAUUCUUUUACUCACAUCCUCACGGCAAUAGACAGAUUCACUCGAUGGGCCAUUGCAUGCCCCAUCAAAGACACAUCAGCUGAGACUGUAGCAUCCGUUUUUCUAGACCGAUGGAUAUCGCACUACGGUGUACCGACAACCAUCACAACUGAUCGUGGUCCCCAGUUCCAGUCUAUCCUGUUUCAGGAAUUCACAAGACUUCUGGGCGUAAAACACAUCAGAACCACAGCUUACCACCCAGCAGCAAACGGCAUGAUUGAAAGAUUUCACCGGCAAUUAAAAAGCUCACUCAUGGCUCAAACUGAUUCAACAAAAUGGAGUGAUGCCUUGCCGUUUGUUCUCCUUGGGAUUCGUGCCACGGUGAAGGAAGACAUAGGUUGUACACCCGCCGAAUUAGUCUAUGGUACAACUCUAACGUUACCGGGCCAACUAGUCAACUGUGAACCUACAACGCAAGAAGAUGCUACUCAUUUCGCAAGUUGCCUAUUACACGUGAUGCAGAACAUUAGAGCAAUACCACCGCGAGAACACAACAAUCCAGUCCAUCUCGACAAACAUUUAGAAACGUGCAAAUUUGUUUUUGUUCGAGUAGACGCGGUGAAAAAGCCACUGACACCACCAUAUGAAGGUCCGUAUAAAGUAAUAAAACGCACUUGCAAAUAUUUCAUUAUCAACAAAAACGGGAACAAUGAAACAAUUUCCAUAGACCGAAUAAAACCAGCUUUCUACGAACCCCCUCAAGCCACUGAUGACAAUACGGCGAACAAACAAUCACUCCCAUCAAUUGCGAAGAAACAAGAGGAAGAGGAAAAACUCAGCACUACACCCUCUUGUUUAACACGAUCUGGGAGACUUAUUAAAAAACCCAAACGUUAUGUACAUUUUAUGGACUAACACAAUCAAUCAGUUGUAUGCAUUACUUUGUGAAGUUACGCAAUCUUCUAAUAAAAGAUAUUUAUUUUCCCCACAUGUACAUUUAAUAACUACAUUUAUUUGUUAUCACUGGUUUUGCCAAUUUUUUUUUAAUAAGAAAAAUUGUCAUAGUAAUAAACGAGUGAAUGCUAACUAACUAUUUAUUAAAUUCAUCCAUUUUUUUAAUUUUUAUUUUAUGACUCUAUUAACAGUUUUGCACAUUUUAUUAUUAUUAUUAGCAAACCGAAACUUUGUAAUGUUUGUUCUUCAGUUUCAAUUGCGUAGCAUAGCGUAUAUUAUUAACGUGUCAUUUAUUCCUAUCUCCACCUUUUUUUCCGUUAUUACAGUAAAUACUAUUUUAUGUACAUUUAUACACAAUAUUUCUCAAUUUUUGUUGUUCAUAUUGUAAUCAGUGUUACCUCCGGACACUCUGGGGGGAGCUAUGUGGAGAUAGAACCUCAAAACCUAUUUUGUAAAUAAUUUUUCAUAGUUUUCGCAUGUAUUUUCAUAUUCUGUACAUUAAGCAUUAAACAAUUGUACUUGUUGUUUAAGUGUAUUACUUUGAACGCUUGUAACUCGACUUCCUUCCGUUUUUGAGUACAACAUAUCGUGACACUGUUACUGCUUCUCAAUAAAUACACUCUAAUUCACAUCUGCAUCGUUCUGCCAUGUCUGCUAAUAUGUUGAAUGAAUUAAUGAAUUAAUUGCAUACCAUCUACGUUUAUAGACAACUGCGACAUUCUUAUUGAAUUCUACGCUUGGUAAACCUACUGGAUCUAUAUCGUCCAUAUUGGGAUUAAUUUUUUAUAAUUGUGGAUUAUUUGGACCAAACCCAGCCGAACACGCAAUAGCCUGAAGACUUAAGUAACGUCCCUUAUUUUGUUAUUUGUGUGUGUAAUUAACUUAUUAACUGUUAAUUGUUACAUAAACUAUAGACAUAAUAUUUUUGUUGCUAAUUUUUGGUUAUCAUACAUUUUGGUCCACCACAGAUCGCAUACACUAAAGCAUGAACAGCUGUUCAAACAAAUCUUCGUAUAUUUUCACUCUAAACUUCUGGGAUUAUUUAGAACUGGAUUCUGGUAUAAAAAGAGGUUUAGGACGGUGGAGAAAUAUCACAAACGUCAG